GACCACUAUACAAGAUUUAUUUGGUACGUCAGGUUUUUUUACCUUUUUUUGCAGAAGCGUCAAAAAUUAAAAUUUUUUGAUAAUUAUUCUUUGUCCACGCUAUGCAAAACAAAUUUUCACUCGUAUCUUUUAUAUAUGCGGUCUUAUAAUUUUCACAGUUCAUCGUUUGUUAUUCACAAGUCACAAUUCAUGUUUGGUGAUUUAUUUAUAAUUUAAUCAAUCCAAAAUGCAUUGGAAUACAUGUCUGACGUGCAAGCGCCAGCCUCGCCGUGUUUUUCAAAAGGGCGACUGCAGGUGUCCCGAGCGCACUCUCAACCACAAGGCAAGAGAUGUCAGAAAGGCUGGAUCUACUGAUUUUCGUUUCCGCCGCCUAAACUCGGCAGAAAACCAGGGCCUUGUCAACCUACAGCAGCAGAUGGAAGAAGUAUCGGCCCCUAUCGAGCCCAAUUUGAUACGUGCCAACCUUUGCGGCACCUGUCAGCAGCGGCUGCGUCGUGCAGUAGAAGCUGGUAAGGAGCCGCAGGAAGACAGCAAAGAGAUUCGUUCGACAGACUUUCGCCGCCAUCGUUCGAUUCGCGCUACCAUUCGCAGCAAAAAUGCCAAAAAAGGUCUAGGAGACCCCGUGUUUAUUGUGACGCCAAUUGCUACUAGCACCAUUCAAGUGCCGCCCGCUGAGUGCAUCACGGGAGUCCUGGCAACAGCGACAACAAUCUCCACAAACGGAGAUAUUUUGGCUUCAAAUUGCAUUAGCCCCUUGGACAGUCCGCCCCUCGAGAGUCAGGAGCAAAGCAAAUAUAGUAAACAUCAUAAUUCUUGGUCUCAUUGGCAACAGCAAAGCGCCCUGGUAUUGCCUUUGGUGGGUGCCCGUCUCCCUCUAGCAGAUUUUCAAGUACCCGCUUGCAACAAGAUUAGUGAAAAUACGCCUCCCAGUUCUGGAAUAUCCUCUGGUAUCAACUCAAACAUGGUGACAACACCCACUCACGCAUCUGUACCAAAUAUUUACAGUCUGAUAAAUGUCACUGUAUACGAUGCAACGCAAACUCGCCUAUUUACUGAGAAAGUGGUUGGCAGCAUGACGCUGCACGAACUUGUCUAUGCCUAUUACCCCGAUGCGCCAGUCUCGCUGCUGUUCCGGGAGCAUACCACAUUGAUGGUUGUGUUAGCUUCCUUGCCCUUGGCAAAGCUGGCCGCUGGAAAUAGCCAGAUCGCAUUUACAGCAUACAUGCCACGCAAUGCCAGACCGCCCAGCUGGACCACACGUCCACAAACAGACCACACGGUGUUCUUGAACAGUCUGCCGCCAAUAAAAACAAUUCCUGCAACUGGAAACCCCCCUCAAUGGCCCCAGUGUGACUCGGCGCAGCUUGGCGGCGACAGACUAACAAACGACUUAUCUGCUAAUGUUGCCCGUGGCAAGAUAGCCCAGGGCGAGAAUUUGGGAAAUUCCACUUUAAAUAAUACCAAUCUGCAGAGAAACCCGCGUCCCGGCCGAAUAAGCAAUUAUUCGUCGUAUUACCGCAGCUCGUUGUCGCAAGCAUUGCCUAGCUUCAACCACGACUUUUCCUUGGGCCGGAAUAUAGACUCUGCACGCAGUCAAUUGGGCGACAGAAACGACAUCAAUAGACGCGGCAGCGACAGCCAGCCGUCUGAUAAUACAAGCUCUCUUCAGCAAUCAAACUGCUCAUGGCGGCACCGGUAAUCAAGCGGGUUGCAGUUAAAGGUUGAAAAAGUGACAAUGGAGGUUUUCAGUAUUCACACACGUAUUACUAUAAUUCUUAAUUGGCUUGAAAGCCUUAUUUAUUUGAAUCCAAUUUAUAUUUAUAUUUAUAUUUAA